GGAUUAGGAUUAUCUUUUAAAUAAGCAUUGGGUUUGAAAACUGAAUGUGUCUUAUGAACACAUGGCAGUUGUUAAAUUACUGUUAUACUCAGUGUACAUCGGAUUGUUCAUUCAUUCAUUCAUUGUUUAUAACAGAAUGGAUUAGCAUUUCUUUUUUUCUUUUUUUAAUUCACGAUAGAGAAUAUUAAAAUGAAAAUAUAAAAGACGAUAUAUGUUUGUAAUGUCAAAAACUUAAAUAGAGCAAAAAUUGCUGUCAUUUUGGUGUUGAAAAUUUUGUUGUAAAAUCUUGAUUUGCUAUUUCAACAAAAUUUUUAAAAAAGGGUAAAUUAACUUUUGUUACUGAUGUUUGUGUUAGAAAGUCUGCUCGGAGGCUCUGAAUGAAGUAAAAUUACAUUGUCUUCCCGUACAAAAACUGAUAAUCUAUUUGAUACUAUAUAUAUUCAAUAUAACCGAAAUCUUUGUAUUGAUAAAAUCUUGAACUGAAGUUUUAAUCAUAUCAAUGAUUAUUUUUAAAGAUACACACAACUACCCCACCAGCACAUUUUUACAACAAAAUAAAGUUUUUUUCAGAAAAAGCUAGAUGUUAUAUGCUAAUAAUAUCACAAUCUAAUUAAAAUUAGAGCGAUAUACGUGAGCGGAUCAAAGGAUCUAAUUUUAAUUAGAUUGAUAAUAUCAUUAACUUAAACGAUGUUAUAUCCUCAUGGUGACGGCGACGUAAUCUUUGAUACGAGUCGUACAUGUGAUAUUAAGAAAAUGGAGAGGGAAAUUAAACACGUAAAGGAAAUACUCUCUGACCUGAAUGUAAGAAAGAUGUCUAUAGAAGAUGAUGUCACUUAACAAUUACUGUUAAUUGUGUGAAUAUUCAGGAUAUCGAAUUAAACUAUUAAAUCUCUUUAGUAGGCUUUUAAUAAUGCCUUACAUGUGAAAUUUCAUGUCUGUGUUUAAAGCCAUUUAUAAGUAUAAGUCGUGGCAUUUAAGAUAAGUGUGCUGUGUAUUGCGAUAUUAAGCCUCCUUUGUCCCACAAUACACACACUUUUUGUCCAUUCCGACAGCCGCGCUUCAUUAUAGUCUGAGGACACGAAGAAAGCCGCCGCCCCCUAAGAUUGGACCUAUUGACUUAGUUAAAUAUCCCAGGGAUACUUACUACAGGGCACUGCAAUACCCAGCCUUCACCUUACGUUUAAACUUCUCUCUUCACAGCGGUUUUUCUUUAGGACCAGCUAAGCGUGGCAGUAGAUUCUAAAUUGAUCCGCCUUAUUGCAUGGCAUGUCACGUUGAGGGGGGACAGUACGCGUGGUUUGUGGAGACCCUCCCGAUUUGACGCCGGUUGUUUUGAGUCUGUGCGUGUUUGGCAUUAGUCACUGUCUGUGUUUCUGUCCGUGUAAUGAUUGUGACACUCUAAAGGUGAUUCAUUUCCUCAGCAGUGAAUUAGGAGAAACCCUGACUGGAUAAGAGUGACGCCCCCUGUCGUGUUUCCCUACCUAGUCAGGAGUCUGUGAAACUCGUUCCAAUCCCAACGAAACACCCCCACCCACCCAACCCGUCUUUGUGCAUAUUUUUGUGUUCUUUCUGGAAAGUCUUGUGGAUAUAGAGUUUACACGGAGACUUAAUCAUGAAGAACUAUGUGGAAAAGCUUUGAAUAAUUAAUGUCCACUGUCGACAACAGCCGUAAUUCCGCGGCCGCUCUGUGUAAAACUAGGCCCCGACUGGGAAUGUAGCACCAUCUAAUGGAAAGAAGUGAGGACACUGAGAGGGCGCUGCUAAACCAUAGCCCCACCGCCCCCUCACGGAUCACGAGCGACACGCCCACUAACAAUAACCACUUGUCCCGAUCCCCGGAGAAACGAUAUGACGAACCUUCAGGCGACCAGGCGGAAGGGUCGUCCUCGGCGUGGAUGGAGUUUAAGCCGGUCAUUAACCAGAUGGACAGGAUCUUGGAAAAUAAGUACCGUGUCCGAAAUAAGAUGCAGAUAUCGCUGACCAUCCAGGGAAAGGUAUACAACUUCUUAGAGAGACCCACGGGCUGGAAAUGCUUCAUCUACCACUUCACAGUUUUUAUGAUGGUGCUAAUUUGCCUAAUCUUCAGUGUACUUUCAACCAUCGACCAGUACACCAAAUUCGCCAACGAGACUCUCUUUUACAUGGAGAUUGUUUUGGUGGUAUUCUUUGGCCUGGAGUAUGUCAUUCGCCUGUGGGCCGCCGGAUGUCGGAGUAAAUAUAUGGGUAUCGCGGGCCGCCUCCGGUUUGCAAGGAAACCAAUCUCCAUAAUCGAUUUCUUGGUGGUGACAGCCUCUGUGGUGGUUCUCUCCGUUGGUUCGAAUGGACAAGUCUUCGCCACGUCAGCUAUCAGAGGUGUCCGGUUUCUGCAGAUUUUACGGAUGCUGCACGUGGACCGACAGGGUGGGACUUGGCGCCUCCUGGGGUCUGUUGUCUACAUACACAGACAGGAAUUAAUCACCACGCUGUAUAUUGGUUUCCUGGGACUCAUUUUCUCAUCGUACUUCGUCUACCUGGCGGAAAAAGAAAAUGGAUCCACAGACUUCACAAGUUACGCCGACGCCCUCUGGUGGGGAGUGAUCACCGUGACGACGAUUGGGUAUGGAGACACGGUCCCUCAGACAUGGAUGGGCAGAAUCGUGGCCUCCUGCUUCUCUGUAUUCGCCAUUUCUUUUUUUGCUCUUCCUGCUGGCAUUCUUGGAUCAGGAUUUGCUCUUAAAGUUCAACAGAAACAACGACAAAAGCAUUUCAACCGACAGAUCCCCACCGCGGCCUCGCUUAUACAGUGUUUGUGGCGAUGCCAUGCUGCCGAACCUCAGUUUAAGUCGAACGCCACCUGGAAUGUUCAUAUUGACGAGAAACGCCAUUUUGAUAAGCACCAUCGUAAACACCAUUCCACCAACAAGCUGAUCAAGAGUAAGCAGAAUCCCUCCUCCGUCUCCCUGACCCGAUUUACCCAGCUAAAGAAACGGAAGUUCUCCAGGACGGCCAGCAUUUCUGACCGCCAUGGCAGUUGUCAGUCAAUCCCGGAGUAUCAUGAUAAAUCAGAGGAAGUAAAUCAAAGCCAAUCAGAAGAGUUGGUGGAAUAUGUGACGGACGGCGGAGAAGAAGAGCCCGUGUCGAAACCUCAGGAAUUGACUGAACAACAUAAAACCAUGAUCAGAGUUAUAAGAAGAAUCAAAUUCUUUGUGGCCAGACGUCGCUUUCAGUUGGCCAGAAAGCCUUAUGACGUCAGAGAUGUGAUUGAACAGUAUUCUCAGGGACAUUUAAACAUGAUGGUACGGAUAAAAGAACUUCAACGAAGACUUGACACUACGCUGGGGAAGCCCCUACAUCUGUUGUCUCGAGACAAAGAGCGCGUGACAGUGUUCUCUAAAUUAUCCAGCAUGGAGAAUCAAAUCAAGGAACUCGAUAAAAAGAUGGACAAAAUACUGGUGCUUCUACAAACACAGCGACUAGAGUGAGAAGAAAUCCUGACAAUGUGUGUUCAGCCUGUGAAGCACUUAUUUCUCAGACUAAGGAGGACUUGUUUAGAGAACGGUAGAGAUGAGUUCCGUGCGACGGGAUAUUAGGGUUCGAUGUAGAAAGGUUUCUGGAUAAAGAAGACAGACUGUAGAGGGAAGAGCCUCGCUCUGAUCUGAUCACGUGUCUGAAAUUUUAUGCAUUCAUUGAACAAUAAAAAUGUGUGACUGUGAACUAUGCUGAGAUUAGAUGAAACAUAACAUAGCUCAUGAACAUGAAACUUAUAACUCUAUUUAUUUCUAAAUUAAUCUCGAUUGUAAAAUGAACAUUUUGAACAUGUCUGUAUUGUAAUGCAAUGAAAAUGCAUUGCAACUGAUAAAAAUGUUUAAUAAAUAGUAAUAUAAAA